AUGACAGCUCAAGACUUGCCUGCCGAGAUUUUGACUUGUAUCUUUAGUUACGUCUCUCCACUUGAACAAAUAGCGCGAUGCAAAUUAAUUUGCAAAAACUGGGAUAAACCUGCAGAGGCAGCAAUGCUUGGUAAACACUUUUAUCUAGACCUUGCUUCUCCUACAGCCGAAAAAUAUUACGCAUUUCUAGCCAAGGACCGAUCCAGAGGCCCACUCGUCAGAGGAAUCAACUAUUCACCCAUCAAUGGCGACAAGAAAAGGCGCAACCUGUUGAAGAAGAUUGUGAGAUUGAUCUUUACGCCUAAUAUAGAGAAUCUGAUAGGCGAUUCAUCCAAUGCAGAGGACGAUUUCGUGUUUGAAUACAUGAACGAAAUUUCAGGUGCACAAAGAGCACAAUACACCAAAUUACAAGCGAUGCCCUUGCGAGAUCCUGUCAACGAUCUUUACAUUAAGACACUACUCAACUUCAAACACACAUUGACCUCGCUUUGGUUUUCAAAAGAUCCUGGGCAUAACUACCUUAUCAAUCGAUUGGAUCAGUUUACCAAACUGACCAACUUUACUUACGCGGGCAACAUUGUGGAUCUGACCCACUUGGAGUUUAUUCUGCGUAAAUGCCCUCAUCUUGAAUCGCUGACGCUCAGAAUCCAUCAGUACUCUACCGGUGAAAUGAGGUCUGUAUUGUUCAAAGAUGAAAUCCUGGAUUGGGCCAAAGCAAACAACAAUGUCACUAUCAAUACAAAGUUGAAAAAGCUGGAGCUGGCUGGCGAUGGCGCCUGUAGUCCUGAAAUUUGGGAUUAUCUCGUGUACAAGUACCCAGAGCUUGAAAAGGUGACACUCACGCCAACAGACGAUUUGGAUGAGGAUGGUUACAUGUUUCAAUACCAGGAUGAAACGUGGCUUGAUUAUGACAGACUGUCAGAGGCGUUCAAGAGGAUUCCUGCCUACGCAAUCGAAUUUGACAUUGAAUCAGAAUUUGAGGAGGAGGACAUGAUCAUGGCAUUGCAAAGGCCAGAUAAUAGGCUUGAACUGGAUGUAGAUGAAGAAGAAGGUGUGAACCGUAUUAUUGUCCGAUUGCGAUAG